CCUGUCGUUGCGGAGAAAUACAUUUUUAAAGAAAAGAGUCUCUUUCGGCUUUGAGCGUUUGGCAUGGGUACAGUGUCUUAAAAAAGCAAAUGACCAGCUCAGCUGCUGACCAUGCUGACCAUCCUUCGGGAGAGUACUGGACUAGAGAAAAACUGCAAGGGGCUAGCUCUUACGGGAUGCCGGAACAAAACCCGGUUCCUGAAUAUAUUCUACCAGGUACAAAAAUGGCCCAUCUAACAAGCUUUCCAAACGGGACUGGUUUACCGUCACAAUUAAUAACAGAAGACUCUAAGCAGAUCUUCGGCGAACAGGGAAGCAGACUGCGCUGGGCAGCUCUGCUGACACUCAUGGUGAUAAUACCCACCAUCGGGGGGAACAUUCUUGUGAUCCUGGCGGUUUCACUGGAGAAAAAAUUGCAGUAUGCUACCAAUUACUUUCUAAUGUCACUGGCUGUAGCUGAUCUGUUGGUUGGAUUGUUCGUGAUGCCAAUCGCCCUCCUAACGAUCAUGUUUGAGUCAGAGUGGCCCCUUCCUGUGGUUCUCUGCCCUGCCUGGUUAUUUCUUGACGUCCUCUUUUCUACAGCAUCCAUCAUGCAUCUUUGUGCUAUCUCAGUGGACCGCUACAUAGCCAUAAAGAAGCCAAUCCAAGCUAGUCAGUAUAACUCUCGGGCAACAGCACUCAUCAAGAUAACAGUGGUGUGGUUCAUUUCAAUAGGCAUUGCCAUUCCAAUCCCUAUCAAGGGCAUAGAGGCAGGCAAGGGCAACCCCAAUAACAUCACAUGCGUGCUGACAACGCAUCGCUUUGGCGACUUCAUACUCUUCGGCUCCCUGGCUGCUUUCUUCGUUCCUCUGGCAAUUAUGAUAGUCACGUAUUUCCUCACCAUCCGAGCGCUGCAAAAGAAGGCUUACCUGAUCAAGAGCAGGCCACCUCAGCGCUUCAUGUGGUCCACCGUGUCCACAGUCUUCCAGAAGGACGACACCCCCGGCUCCUCGCCCGAGAAGGUCGCCAUGCUGGACGGCUCACGCAGGGACAGACACCCGCCCAGCUCGAGCGACGAGCUGCUCAUUCGGAGGAUGUCUAGUCUCGGGAAGAAGUCUGUUCAGACCCUAACCAACGAACAGCGGGCCUCCAAGGUCUUGGGGAUUGUGUUUUUCCUCUUCCUCCUGAUGUGGUGCCCCUUCUUCAUCACAAACAUAACUUCGGUUCUGUGCGCUUCCUGUAGCCCGACCACCCUACAGAAGCUCAUGGAGAUAUUCGUGUGGAUAGGCUACGUGUCUUCCGGGGUGAACCCUCUCGUGUACACCCUCUUCAACAAGGCCUUUCGAGAAGCGUUUGGAAGGUACAUCACGUGCAACUAUCGCAGCGCAAAGCCGAUGAUGGCCCUGCGGAAGUGCUCCAGCAGGAUCUCCUUACGGAAUUCCGUGACCGAAAACUCCAAGCUUUUUAUGAAGCACAGUAUGCGGAACGGGAUCGGCCCCGUCACGUAUCAGAGCCCCAUGAGGCUCCACGGCUCACCCACCCAGUCGUCGUCCGCCGUUCUGCUGGAUACGUUACUUCUUACAGAAAGUGAAGCGGAUAAAACCGAACAGCAAGUGAGCUACGUAUAGCAGGAGCUGCACUGUUUGUACACGGACAGGACCGUCGCUACCCAGAAAGGAUAAAGGAACGGCACAGGGGCAUAAAUGUACUAUCUUCGAGUGGUAUAUUUAUAAACAAAAUCUUACAGAACUUCUAAUUUGUCUCUUCUUAGACUAAGGUUUAUCUAUCACGUUCUCCAAUCUUCCUCAUCUGAACACAACUACUCUACAUGAAAGCUGUUUUGUUGGGCUGCAAAUAAAAGUGAUCAGAGCACUGUAGCAAGAUGCAAGGGGCCUCAAAUAAAGGAAGUAAUAUCAUAAUAGUGACUGUGGUAUUUGUUAAGGCAACUCUUCGUGCAAAGUAUUCUGGUCUUCCUUUCCUUCGCCUCCUAAUACUUGUCAUCUCAGAAACUUCUCUAAGAAGCACCAACGCAUCUCUCUCACAUCAAAUCAGAAUUAAGAUUGGAAGAAAUGUUGUGAGAAGGAAGCAGUGUGGCCUAGUGGAUAGACCACGGAGCUGGUAGUCAGAACGGAGCUGGGUUCUAAUCCCGGCUCUGCCACUUGUGACUGUGUGAUUGUGUAAUUACUACUGCUGUGUGACUUUGGGCAAGUCACUUCACUUCUACAUGUGUGCACGUGUGUGCAUAUGGCACAAGGCAAUGGGAAGGUAUGGUGACAUCACAGGUUUUGCUGAGCACAGGUUCACCAGAGGCGUAGCCCCCACAUUAUGAAAAAAUGGGUAACUUAAUUCUUAACACUGUCAAUUCUUUCUAGGCAGGUGACAGUUUAGGAUCAGGAAGAUGGAAUACGUCCUGCAGAAUCAGUUCUGAGAACAAAGGAGAAAGCAAAACCCAGCCUGUAUUUCCUCAUAAACGGCACCCACUCCAUUCGCUGGUCUCCAUUCUGAGAAAAGGAAAAACCCCACCAGGUUUUAGACAGGUAGUUUUCAUUCGAAUUUGCCAUCUUCCUCCAAAGGCUUUCUGUGCUUGAGUUACCACAGGUCUAAGGGGACCACAUGAUCUAAUCUGUGAGACUAUCAUAUAAGACUUUUGAAUCAUGCAAUUAAAAAAAAUCCUUUUCCCCCCUCCCAUUUUACCUAGUUACCCUAAUUCAGAAGCACUGCCAGGUCAAUCUACAAUGAUGUCCACAUUUCUUUUAAAA